AUGCUGCCGGCCAUUGCAAGAUUCGAGGCUAGGAAAUCUCCUAUGCUCACAAGCAGGAUACGCCAAUUCGCGCCCUCUCUGCAACGAUAUAAUCAGAGAUUCGCUAUGGCUUCUGGAAGCAAAAGGAGUAGUAGCUCGCUACCCGCAGGCUAUGUUGAGGAUAAAUCCAAGGGGCCGAUGCUGCGGUUCCAGGAUUCGCUGCCUCGUCUACCUGUACCAACGCUCGAGGAGACCGCCGCCCGUUACCUGCGCUCCCUGAAGCCGCUCCUGUCUAAGGAGGAGCUGGCAAGCAGCACCAAGGCCGUCCAAGAGUUCAUCAAGCCCGGCGGUGUGGGCGCAAAGCUGCAGGAGAAGCUGAUCGCCCGCCGCGAGGACCCCAAACACAAGAAUUGGCUCUACGAAUGGUGGAACGAGGCCGCCUACUUGGCCUACCGUGACCCCGUCGUGCCCUACGUCAGCUACUUCUACUCGCACCGCGAUGACCGCCGCCGCAGGGACCCGGCCAAGCGUGCUGCUGCCAUCACCACCGCCGCGCUCGAGUUUAAGAAGAUGGUCGACAGCGGCACCCUUGAGCCCGAGUACAUGAAGAAGCUGCCGAUCUGCAUGGACAGCUACAAGUGGAUGUUCAACGCCUCGCGCGUCGCCGCGAAGCCUGCCGACUACCCUGUCAAGUUCGAGGCUGCUCAGCACAAGUACAUUGUUGCUGUACGCAAGAACCGCUUCUACAAGAUCGAACAUGAGGUCGGGGGCAGGCAGCUCAACACUUCAGAGCUCGAGGCGCAGUUCAGGCGCGUCUAUGAACUGGCCGGACAGGAGGCUCAGGCCGCACCCGCAGUCGGCGCUCUGACUUCGGAGAACCGCGAUGUGUGGACCGAUGCCCGGGCGCUGCUCUUGUCCGCAGGCCCGGCCAACAAGGCCGCCCUCGAGGCCAUCGAGGCCUCGUCCUUCCUUGUCUGCUUGGACGAUGCGGCUCCUGUCACCCUCGAGGAGCGUGCGCACGCGUACUGGCACGGCGACGGCCAAAACAGGUGGUACGACAAGCCCCUGCAGUUCAUUGUGAACGACAAUGGCACAUCGGGAUUUAUGGGCGAGCACAGCAUGAUGGAUGGAACGCCGACGCACAGGCUCAACGACUAUGUCAACGACACAAUCGUCAACAACAAGCUCGACUUCUCAGACCCCUCAGUCCGCUCCGGACUCCCGGACCCCACCCCCAUUCGCUUCACCGUGAACAAGGAGCUGCAGAGUGAGAUUGACAGGGCCAAGCGCGACUUUGACGCCGUCAUCGGCCAGCACGAGCUUGCUGUCCAGGCGUACCAGGGAUACGGCAAGGGUCUGAUCAAGAAGUUCCGCUGCUCGCCCGACGCCUACGUCCAGAUGGUGAUCCAGCUAGCCUACCACAAGAUGUAUGGCAAGAACCGUCCCACAUACGAGUCUGCCGCGACCAGGCGCUUCCAGCAGGGUAGGACCGAGACUUGCCGCUCCGUCAGCCAAGAGAGUGUCGCAUGGUGCAACGCCAUGGCCGACGCAUCGGCGCAGGACGCCGACAAGGUCAAGCUUUUCCGUGCCGCCAUUGAUGCCCACGUCGAGUACAUCACAGCCGCUUCGGACGGCAAAGGUGUUGACAGGCACCUCUUUGGUCUGAAGCGUCUCCUUGAGCCUGGCCAAGCCGUCCCAGAGAUUUACCAGGACCCGGCCUACAGCUACUCGAGCAGCUGGUACCUUUCCACGUCCCAGCUUAGCUCCGAGUACUUCAACGGCUACGGCUGGAGUCAGGUCAUUGACGCCGGCUUCGGUAUUGCCUACAUGAUCAACGAGAACAGCAUCAACUUCAACAUUGUCUCCAAGAGUCUCGGCAGCCAACGGAUGAGCUUCUACCUCAACGAGGCCGCCGGUGAUCUGAGGGACCUCCUGAUGCCCACGAUUGAGGCUCCCAAGUCGAAGUUGUAG